UAAAAACGGAGUGAUCACAUCCGCAAAAGGAAGCAAGCGAACCCCAUGUGCAUUCAUAUGGAAGCGGGAAAUUGUCUUCUGGUGUGGGUUACCUGCAGCGCUUUGAUAAUUGUCACUCACCAGGAGUUCAUAGACCUCGACAGCAUUACAGUUUACCCUCAAGUGUACGAGGAAAGAGAUGGUGACUCUGAAAAGCUACUUUCCAUACAUCCUGGAUAUUCCCUUCAGUUGAGGAAAGCUUCAGUGCUAGCUGAUACACUUUUGGUGCGAGAAUUGGCAGAAAGCGGCAUCGUCGAGAAAUACGUUAAUGGAAAAUACUAUGAAAGACACCUCUAUCAUGACAUUGCAAAACAAGCUUCAUUGCUUAUUAAACCUCAAGCUGGAGGACAUUACCAUGUUGCUGGCAUCCUGAACUCCACACAUGAAAUUAGGCCUUCGAGAAGAAGUGAGUGGUCGCUCGCAGAACUUCCAGCGCAUAAAAUAUCCAGAAUUGUAACUGAUGAAGCCCAUCAUGACGUCGUUGUGACAGCACGAAGCGCUGAGCUAAAACCAGCAAGUACCUUUCAGACAAAAUACAAGAAACCACUACCGAACAAUUUUACCAUGGAGCUUUUUUUCCUAAGUGACUUCAACCAUACCCAGCCAUUUAGAUAUGAAGAAAAAGAGCAUGUGGAAUACGUUUCAGUGCUUGUGCUUGCGGUCAGCCUUCGUCUUCAAAUGCUGACUCCCCAAGGCUUUAUCACCUUGACGACCAUUGUACGCACGAUGAACAAGGCUCGUGAAAAUUUUCUCGAAUUGCGGAAAGAUGGGAGGCUCAGUGCAGAAGGAACGCUGGAUAAUUUAUCGAAGGCCAUCCUGCUCGACAACAGAAUGAAGCAAGCCGACGCUGUUUUCAUGGCUACGCAGAGACCUAUUGUUUAUAAAGACAAGUCUGGUGAGGACGCUGGCAAUGCUAUAGGAAUGGCACGGCGGGGAGGUGUUUGCAACAAAGACAAGGUUGCAUUUGGAAAAGACAAUCCAGGCACUUAUUCUGGAAUACACACAAUGGUUCACGAAUUGGGACACUUACUAAGCUUGGCCCACGAUGGUGAAAAAGGUGCAGAAACUUGCAAAGCACACCAUGGUUACAUUAUGAGCCCAUAUCAUGGUGGUAUGCACAAUAAUGAGUGGUCGCUGUGCAGCAAAAAUGCGAUGAAAAAUUUCAUCCAGUCACCAAAAUCAUCAUGCUUAAAAUACAAUAAAGACAAAAACCAUCAUCCACUCCGUCUUAACGUGAAACCAGGGUCGGUCAUCAGUGCAGAAGAUUACUGCAAGAAGUUUUUCCCUGACCACAAGACCAAGAAGGCGCUUUCGACAGACAACUGCUCGUUCCGCUGUAUCUUCCAAACUUCAUAUAGAAAAACAAAAGAAGCAAUUAUAUUUGCUCCAGACGGAACACCUUGUCAUGCGAAGAAACAUGAGAAGAAGUGCAAAUACGGAUUUUGUCUGUAACAUGAACAGUAACUAGCUCGUUGACACCUCGAUGAGUGGGGAACCGAUACUGUAUAUACUGAUUCAAUUUAAUUAGAGUACUGUAAUCAACUGUGGGAACAGCAGAAGCCUUAAUCCAGCUUCAGCAGAUGCAUAUCUCUGGUGCUGUAAUCGUGCAAAGUGGAAAAAAAUAAUGACACCAUAAGCAAACUAAAUAAAUAUUUAGUGAAACAUU